UUUGGUGGCAUGUUUGAAUUUGGCUCCGUUGUGUGGAAAGAUGGGGAAAACCGGUUUGCUUGUUCUACUAGUGAUUUGGGCACGAGUUGGGGCUGAAAAUGGCAAACAAUUAAAUGUGCUGCUGAUUUUGGCCGACGAUGGCGGCUUCGAAAUGGGGGCUUACAGGAACAAAAUCUGCCAAACGCCCAAUUUGGACGCCUUGGCCAAAAACAGCCUAAUUUUCAAUAAUGCCUACACCUCGGUCAGUAGUUGUUCGCCCAGCCGCUCGGCCCUACUUACCGGCAUGCCGGCCCAUCAGAAUGGCAUGUACGGCCUCCACCAGGCCGAAAACCACUUCGAUUCCUUCACAAACGUGAAAAGUUUGCCGAACAUUUUGCGCGAAAACGGCAUUCGCACCGGAAUUAUCGGUAAAAAACACGUGGGCCCCAAAAAUACGUAUCGUUUUGAUUACGAGCAGACUGAGGAGAAUAAUUCAAUCCUGCAAGUUGGGCGAAAUAUCACUUUGAUUAAAUUGCUGGCCAGAGAGUUCCUCAACAAUUCCACGGACAAGCCAUUUUUCCUCUAUGUUGCGUUCCAUGACCCCCAUCGUUGCGGGCACACGCACCCGGAAUACGGCCAGUUCUGCCAACGGUUCGGCAACGGGGACGUGGGCAUGGGUCUGAUCCCGGACUGGCGCCCAAUUUAUUACCAAUGGGACGAACUUGAGCUACCUUAUUAUAUUCCCGAUACGGAGGCGGCGAGGCGUGAAGUGGCCAAUCAAUACACGACAAUCUCGAGAUUGGAUCAAGGCGUUGGUUUAAUUUUGGAAGAAUUGGAAAAAUCAGGUCACGCUGAUGAUACUCUUGUGAUUUACAGUUCGGAUAAUGGGACCCCAUUUCCGAACGGACGCACGAAUUUAUACGAUUCGGGGAUUGCCGAACCCAUGUUUAUUUCCUCGCCUUUGCACAAGGAAAGGCACAAUCAGGUCACCUACUCCUUGACCAGCCUCCUAGAUAUUGUACCAACUGUCCUUGAUUGGUUCAAUAUCACAGAGGAGAGCAACGAAAUCAAUAGUAAAAAACUGACCGGGAAAAGCUUAUUGCCACUUCUAGUUAAAGAGCCGGAAAAUACAACAAACGAGGCGAUUUUCGCGAGUCAUAAUCUCCAUGAAGUAACGAUGUAUUACCCAAUGAGGAUGAUCAGAACCCACCGCUAUAAAUUGAUUCAUAAUUUGAAUUACCAAGCGCCGUUCCCGAUCGAUCAGGACUUUUACUUAUCGCCAACAUUCCAAGAUAUUUUGAACCGCACCAGAAACAAGGAAAAUCUGUACUGGUUUAAGACCCUGAGACAGUACUACAACCGGCCCGAGUGGGAACUGUACGACUUGAAACACGACCCCGUGGAACUAAACAAUCUGGCUGGAAAGAGCGACUACAAAGACAUCAUGCAGGAGCUGGAGAAACGACUUUCCGAGUGGCAAAACGCCACAAGUGACCCGUGGAUUUGCUCCCCACAUUCAGUCUUGGAAAAUAAGGGUGACUAUGCACACAACCCCCAAUGCAUGCCCCUGUACAACACGUAAACACAAAAAUAUAUUUAUUGUCACAUAUUCUAAACAAAUGCGUAUAUAAAACAUCUACGUUUGCA